AUGGAUCCUACAAGUAAUGGUACUUUGGCUCUUGUAAGAGACUCUUCAUCUUUUAUUCAUCCUAACCGAAUAUUACUUAUGAUUCUGUAUCGGUAUGGAUUGGUAUUUGUAUUCGUUAUUGGAUUUUCGGGAAAUCUAGCAAGUUUAGUGACUUUCAUGAGUCCAAUUUUACGUGUUACAUCAACUAGUUGUCUAUUCUUUAUGGUUGCCAUUUCAGACACGCUGUAUUUAUUGAUAUCGAUUUUUGACUUUGUCGAAGUUGGCAUAGUACAAGGACCAAUUUUUUUAUCUGUUUACGACAGUGUUUGUCGCUUUCGUUGGUUUUCAAAAGGAUUCAUUCGAUUUUGUUCAGCUUGGAUUUUGGUAUUGAUUGCAAUUGAUCGCUGGAUAAGAACGCGUUUCCCAUUUAAAGUUAAUCAGUGGUGUACUCGUUGUAAUGCAUUAAUCACAAUAUUGAUCACUAUUGUUCUUGGUAUUGAUCUUCAUGGUCAUAUGUUAAGUAUUCAACUAUUCGGUGGAUACUUUCCUGGUAUUCCAUCAGUUGCAUGUGGGCCUAUUGAUCCAACUUUAUUCUAUCUGCGUUUCUUUUUUACUCAAUGGCCAAUUAUUCAGGUAGUCAAGAGAGAAAUGAAGAUUGAGAAACGUUCUUUUAAAUAUUUUAGGUCACUUUCAUAUCAAUUAUUCCUGUAUUAUUAA